AGAGAAAAACACCUUUUUCUGGGUUUCAUCGUUUUUUUUUCUCCCGAUAUUUUCGAUUGUGGACGACACUGAAAACAACAACAGUAUAUAUAUAUAUUUUACAACGCAACAGCGCUGCGGGCAUUCUCCAGCACCUCACCUUUCCCCUUUCUUCGUGGUUUGAAUGUCUUUCCCGCGUAGAGUGAAUGUGCAGACGUAAACGAAGAGAGUGUAAACUUUGAUCUACUUAGCCGAAGCAACAGCCAAAAAAUCUCUUCCUUUUUCUCUCUCUAUCGUUUGUACGCAAGCUUUUCGGGCUCGCCCUUUCUCUUGCUCUCUCUCUCUCGCUCGCUCGCGCCGGGACAAGAUCGUUGAUUAGUAGCAGUAUCUAGAGGUGCACUGGUAAUGGUCGACGUCGGAUUACCUACAGCUCUUUUUAUUUCUUGCAUUUCAUCGAGGAAAAAAAAAAUAGGUUUUUUCUUUGUGUAGAUUGCUUCGUAUUUAUUUGUUUUAUUUGCUUUCGUUUGGUCUUGUUAUGGCCUAAAAACGGCGACUUCAGGAGGAAAAGAAAAGUGCUGCCGCAUCUCGCUGCUCUAUUGCGUUCUCACAUCAAACGCUCAUCACAUUCGUUGCCGUGUACAAGUUUUAGGUCCAGCGUAGCGAGUGCGCAGCCCCACAAGUCGCCUAUCUUUAUUAUUAUUUCUUCUCUUCUCCUCAUUUUGCGUUCGUGUAUAAUACGUAUGUAAAUCGUCUGCGCAAACCUCCUCACCUGUGCCCCUCUUCAGUUUCUUUUUUUUUCUGGAUUAGGUUUUUUCUCUCUUUCCUCGCGUCGCCAUCACCACCGCGACGGCACCGCGUUCUUGUAGUUUUGUGCUUUCCCCGAGGACGGUAAUUACAGUUCAUAUCUUUUUUCCCUUUUCCUUUUCGUUGCUUUUUGCAUUCACCUUUCGCCCUUUUUCCCCCUUUUUUUGAAGUUCAGACGAGACAUCACCGCAUCGAGAAGAGGCUUUGAGGCGACGACAACCACGCCAAAAGAUCCGUUUUUUACACACGUUGUUGCUGCUGGUGGCGCCGUCGUGGUGUAGAUGUCUACAAGCGACCACCUUACGACGGUCCACCUGCGUAAUGAGUCCUCAUUCAAAACGCUGCCCGCGGCCCUGACAGACGGUACAAAUAAUGGCGAUCAGACGCUAAGAAACGCGGACGUUGGAACGAACUCACCGCACGCCGGCAACGUCAUCGCGGAGGACCCUCACCUCCUCUUCCGCGCCAGCGCAGGCGAACCGACAGAUCUGGUAGACGACGGAGUAUCGGAGGAGAUGUAUUUCCACGAGGCCCCCCUCCCUCUCACCCGCGCAGGUCACUCGUACGCCACACCCGUGGUGGAACUGCAGGACAUCUCCGUAGCAGACAUUUCGCAGAUGCGGCUUGAGGGCUGCCGCACUCACCGCCUCACGCCGUGUUCCUCUCACCGCGACAGUUUGUGUGACGCGGUCUCAUGUGCAGCGUCACACGGAGGACCGCCGCAACGCGUGAGUAGCGGCUCGAGUCGCCACGCGGAGGUGCAGGACGGGGUCAGCAGUGUCUCGGUGACCUCAAUGGGGUGCGGUCGCUCCAUGCAGCCCCGGUCAGGCGCACCGUCCCCCGGCGCCAACGCACUCGACACCUCUGUCGCUAUUCUGCAACGCAUGGCCUACGACACGGCCGCCCGAGUGGAGGCGACACGCAACGGGCAGACACCGGCCGACUUCCCCUCCGCUGACGCCUUCUCAAACGUCUCCCCGUUGCCGGCGCCGCCUGUUCAGCUGCGCACGUCGGCGCCGGUCAUAGGGGGUGGGGGCGGCGGCGGCACCUCCGGCCCCAUUGGCUUUGCCGUCGACGGCGACUCGGACCGCCCCAGCUCGCGGCUGCACACGGCGGGCACGCGACAGUACCGCCGGUCUUCUGCUUCGUCAAACUCCAUUCUUCAUUCGUUGUCAGAGUCAGAACUGUGUGGAGCGCAGGUCCGCCCGCUGGGUGCCUCGCGCAACGUCUCGGCUCAAGCGUUGAGUCAGAUGGCGGAUCAAACGGACGACACCGCCGCCGCCGCCGCAACAGCAGGAGGAGGAGGGACGGUAUCGUCGGUGGCGCCGCGUUCUGGCGAGUUGCUGGACGGGGGUCGACGUCGCUUGUGUCUGGCCGGCGUGGCGGUGACCGGGGGCGAAGAGGAGAGGUCAAAAUCCGACGCCGCCGCCACACCGUUCCCCACCCCCUCCCCGGCGGCCCAGCCUGACACGGUGUCGCCCAUCACCGACGCCACGGUGUACAACCACGACUUCCAGCGCAUCAUCUCUCACGAGGUGAAGGAAGCCCUGACGCGCAACAUGCGACCCAGCGUCGACGACGACGAGGACGAAGACGAGGCGCUGCUGAACGAUGUGCUGAGUGGGCAUGCGUCGCCGACGCUGCAGCCGCGGCAGAAGCGCGAGUUCACCCGCCUGAGUGAGUCGCACAACUGCACCUUCGCGCCCAUCCAGAUGCCGAUGGUGACCACGAGCAUUGGCCGCCUCGACUCCGUCGUUGGCACGCCCUGGCAGAAGUCUGGCGGAGGCGCCACGAGUGGUUUCCCUGAGCCGCCGCCCGCACGGCAGCCGAUGAGUCUUUCCACCGCGGCUUUGGAGGGCGGGGCGGCGGCGGUACAGGGUGGCGGCAGCAGCGGCGGUGGCAGUGCGGCCACAAGCGCAGCCACCUCUCGCGGCAGCAAGACCCAGAGUCAGCGGGCCGUCUCGGCGCAGACGUGGCGCUUCCCUGUCUUGGGCAAAGAACCCUCUGUGCUGUCGGCGGUGCAGCGUCGGUCGUCGCUGGAGGACGCCGAGGAGGAGGACGAGACGGAGCGCAACGCCACCGCCGCCACCAUGGCGGGUGGCGCCACAGUGAGCACCUCCCGUCACACUCACCGCACGGUACUGCCAAACUCGUGCGAGAGCAGCACUGGCCACCAGGCGGAGCGGCAGAUGACACCGUUGUCCGGCUCGCUGCGGCAACGUUGCGACAAUGACGCGAGCAGCCCGGCUCAGGGCCGUCCGCCGUCGAGCAGUGGAAGAGACGUCAAGGCCGGCGCUGCGGCGGAUGCAGCGCAGCCAAAUUACGGGAAAAAUGCCAUUUUGAGUGCUGGCGGCGGGGUCGUACGCUACGAGGACGGCCGCCUCUACACACACCCGCACAUCUCCGCUCAGUCCUCCUCCUCCUCCCUGCCCGGCAGCGGCGGCGUGCCAGACGACAGCUACCCGCGGAAGCUGGAGAUGAUCUACACCGUUUACGAGCGUCUAUCGCAGCAGCGCCGCAAUGCACCGACGCCGAAAGCGGUGAAGGAGCUCGUGGCAGCUAUGCCAGUGAUUCGGAAUCUCAUGGAGAACGACCCACUCACGUCGCCGGCUGCCCAUCUCGCCCAGCAGCAGCAGCAACGCGGUCCCGCUAUGGCAACCGUGGGCACGACGACAAGCUCCGGCGCGAGCAGCCACGUCCGGCGAUCACCGUCGCUGUCGUGCUCGGGUGCGCUCGGCCGCUCCGCCGGCUACUACAGCUUUGGCAAUCGAGUGAGCCUCCGCCACCCCAAUCGACAGGCGCUGCCGCAGCAGUAUCUCGGCAGCUGUUCCACGUUGACCCACGGCACCCCGUCGCCCCGCACCGCCGUGCUGGGAAGUCCGGCCGUGGUGGAGUUGGUGGUGGGCGGCAGCGGCGGCAACAGCAACGUCGGCGCUCACAGCCACCACAACCCCAACGGCGGCGUCGCGAUGAAUCCCAGCGUCCUGGACAGCUGUCGCACGCACGCCACGUCCUCGGCUGCACGCAUGGCACGCUGCAGCCUCAACUCAGUGCUGGUGCGCCGCAUCGAGCUGCGGCCGCUGCUGCAGUCCACGCUGUUUCUGAAACACACGCUGCGCUGCAUCCGCGAAGCGCCCGGCGGCCAGACGUGCUACUUUGGCACCUCCAAGAACAGCAACACAGCCUCGCAGCUGACGUUGUCUGGCGCCACGGCGGUGCCGUCUGGCGCCUACGGCCCCUCCAAGUUCAACGAUUCGACGACAGGGAAUUUGGUGACGUGCGUCUCUGGGAACGAGAACCUUGCCUCCAUGGCCACCCCGCUAGGCAGCGCUGCCAACGUGGCCUUUGAGGACCCGGAGCUGUCCAACACGAGCACGCGCGAGCCCUCCUCACGUUCUUCUCGGUUGUCGUUUGUUGGCCAACCGUUAGCGGGCCGUCGAAGUAGCUUGUCAGCCGGGAUGGACGGCGACGCUUCUCAGAAUACCGAGCCGAAAGCCGAACACACAGGUGUGUCGAGGCAGACCCACGUGGACCCCAACACCGCAUCAGCCGUUGACGACGCAGCCUACUCGGCAGCGGCGCAGCAGCCUCGGCCAGUUCAGCCAGACGCCGCUGCGCCGACGCCGACGCCGCACAAAGCCGACGACGCCGGCGGACCCGCGCAGCGUUACUACCGCGCGCUCACGGAGGCGGAGCAGCGGGUGCGCCACGUCCACGGCGUCGACGGCGUAGAGCGUGAGGUGGACAACGAGUCGCUCGAUUUGAUUGUAUACGUGGGGAUGCGCCUCAUGGGGUGGCUGGAGGUGGUGAGUCUGCUGGGCUGCGGCAGCUUCGGUCAGGUGUUCCUGUGCAAGGACCUGCGCAUCUGCGACGGUCACUUCGUGCACCCCAGUGAGGUUGGCGGCGUGGACUACGAGUACUGGAACUGCUCGCACGCCUUUUUGCCGUUCAGCAGCGUUGAAAUCCCCCCAACUAACCCGCCCCUGGUCGCCGUGAAGGUGGUGAAGAGCGUGCCGCUGCUAGAGCAGCAGUCCGUGCUGGAGGCGGAGAUGUUGGUGCUGAUCGGCGCCCAGACGACGGCGGCGCCUGCGGCCGCGUCAGAGGGCGGCAACGCACCGCCCCCCGAGGACCCGCGGUGCGCGAGUGUGGCGAAGGUGCUGGCAGACGGCAUCUGCUACGGCCACCACUGUAUCGUGAUGGAGCGCUACGGCGCCAACCUGUACGAGUACAUCGCGUCGAACGAGCACCUUGGGCUGCCCAUGUACCAAAUUCGCUCCAUCGGACAGCAGCUCUUCACCGCCCUUUCUCUCAUCCACAACGAGUGCCACAUCAUUCACGCCGACAUCAAGCCGGAGAACAUGCUGCUGACGCUGAAUUCGUCACGCGGGGUGGUGCGCACCAACGAGGCGGCCGCCACGGCAACCAAGGCGGCUGGCGCAGAUGCGGUGGCGGUGGCGCACGUGCCUGAAGCGCGAGACCGUUCCCCCAACUCCACUCCACCCCGACACGUGCAGCGCACGGAGGACUCUAUCGGUGCCUCGACCACGUGCUCACUUGAGCGGUCGUACAUUACGCUUCGCACUGGCCCCACCGCUGCCUGUCGACACCGGCACGGCCAACUCAGCAGCCGCUCCUCUGGUGUGCCGCUGGACGUCUCCACCUCAAUCAUGAGCAAAUCGAAAGGGCAAAGCUUCUGCCACUUGCGCUCCAGCGUGACGAGCCGUGUGACUAUGGUGGAGAUGGCAACGGUGCCAGCCCCGGAGCCGCGGCGGGUGCACUCGUUGAACCAGUCCGCCGGCAUGCUCCCCUCUAAAGCUGCGGCCACGGCUGCUGCUGGCAAGUCUGCGCUGACCUCGCCCCCCUCCAUGGUCCCGCGACUGCACGUGAAGCUCAUCGACUUCAGCUCCAGCUGCUAUGAUGGCGGCCCCUUCUACCAAUACAUUCAGUCCCGCUACUACCGCGCACCGGAGGUCAUCGUGGGCGCGGCGUACGGCUCCGGCAUCGAUAUCUGGUCCUCCGGUUGCCUGCUCGCGGAGCUUCUUUUGGGCAUGCCGUUGCUGCCCGGCUGCAACGACCACCAUCAGCUCUGCCUGAUCGAGGAGAUGGUGGGCCCGCUGCCCGCGUCAAUGGUGCAAGAAGGCGUCAACACCCAACUGUACUACCGUCGUGCCAAGGCCGGGGAAGAAAAUGCUGCGGCGCCAUCGGCUACUGCUACUGGUGCUACAAAGCCCCUUGAUCCUCCUCCUUCUUGCCCUCUUAUUCUGCGGACGCGAGAGGAGUACCUUCACAUCACGCAGAGCGAGCCGCAGCCCUACCGACGCUACUUCACGUAUCAGACCCUGCAAGAGCUCGUCCGGCACUGCCCGCUGACGCUGGAGGAACGCCGUAUGAGCAACGGAUUGCAGCCGUACGUGCCCGCGAAUGAGUCGUCGGAGAUUCCGCCCAGCGCUACACCGCUGCCGUCGGUCCGGUCGGAGAUGAUGAAGCAGCGCUUUCUGCUUUUCGAUCUGCUGCGCCGCCUACUGCAGACCGAUCCAAAGCAGCGGCCUACCGCAUCACAAGUCUUGACGCAUCCUUUCUUCACCUCUGCGCCGCCGUACAUGAAGACGUUCAUGCUAGAAUGA